AUGCAGGAGUCACAGACUCAAAAUGGUGGAUCUGGAGCGGCGUCAAUGAAUAGACCCUAUGGUCACGCAUCUAAGCCCUCCAACAGCGAUACAGGCUUCUCCCAUGGCGCAUACAGUUCAAAUCAAUAUUCGAUGGGUGGUUAUGGUGAUAGACAUCCUCGAAGAGCCAACAUUCCUUCAAUAAAUACACAAAGCAUGGGUCAACAUGGUCAGAACGAUAUGACAACACCUGGCACGGCUUUCGAUAUGCAAUUCACACCUUUGCUACCUUCUCAACUUCUUCUCGGUAGCCCCUUCCAACCAGGAAGUCCUUCCGCCUUCCAAAGUCCACAAUUCCAAAACUAUGCGACUUUCCAACAGCAGCAGCAGAAUCAGCAACAACCUCAUAGCCCAACUGGACCCAUGUCCCCUCAACUCUACCAGAGUUUGGUAUCCCCCUCGACUUAUGGCGCACCUCAAUUCUACAACCCACAAUCUCCAACUGGUGGAUUUGCUCAAAUGCAUAAUGGAAUGCACAACAUGAGCAUGGCACCUUCUUCUCCAGUACAAAUGUCACCAGGCUUGGUAUCAGGAACUAGCCGCACAGUUUACCUUGGAAAUAUUCCCCCUGAGACAUCUGCGGAAGAAAUCCUUGGCCAUGUUCGCAGCGGGCAAAUCGAGUCUGUCAGACUUUUGCCAGAUAAGAACUGUGCUUUCAUUUCAUUCUUGGAUGGAAGUUCCGCCACUCAUUUCCAUUCCGAUGCGAUUUUGAAAAAGCUUUCUAUUAGAGGGCAAGAUAUCAAGGUUGGUUGGGGAAAGCCUUCUCAAGUACCUACGUCUGUUGCUCUUGCCGUUCAACAAUCAGGUGCUUCGAGAAAUGUUUAUUUGGGAAACCUCGGUGAGGAAGUCACAGAGGAUGAAUUGCGAGAGGAUCUUGGAAAAUUCGGUCCCAUCGACACGGUGAAGAUUGUUCGAGAAAAAGCGAUUGGCUUCGUUCAUUUCUUGUCAAUCGGAAAUGCUAUCAAGGCGGUUUCUCAAUUACCCCAGGAGGCAAAAUGGCAAUCACCACGUCGGGUUUACUACGGAAAGGAUCGUUGCGCAUAUGUUUCCAAGACCCAACAACAGAACGCUGCUCAGUAUCUUGGUAUUGCACCAGGAUAUGCCCACGUUCUUAACGGGGCUGAUCGUGACUUGAUUUCAAAUGCUUUGGCUCAACAAUCUGUAGCUGCCGCAGCUGUAGCUACGACCGCCGGUGGAAUCAAUAACCUUGGGAACAGAACCGUCUAUUUGGGCAACAUUCAUCCGGAAACUACAAUCGAAGAGAUUUGCAAUGUUGUUAGAGGUGGUCUUUUACAUCACAUUCGAUAUAUACCCGACAAGCAUAUCUGCUUCGUUACAUUCAUUGAUCCUACUUCGGCGGCUUCUUUCUAUGCUUUGAGCAAUUUGCAAGGAUUGAUGAUCCACAACAGAAGGUUGAAGAUUGGAUGGGGAAAACAUUCUGGUGCACUUCCAGCAGCCAUUGCUCUUGCUGUUAGCGGUGGAGCAUCAAGAAAUGUUUACAUUGGUAACCUGGAUGAAUCAUGGACUGAAGAGAGACUGAGACAGGAUUUCUCUGAAUAUGGUGAAAUCGAAUUGGUCAAUACUCUCCGAGAGAAGAGUUGCGCAUUUGUCAACUUCACGAAUAUCGCAAAUGCUAUCAAGGCAAUUGAAGCAAUUCGAGGCAAGGAAGAGUACCGUCGAUUCAAGGUUAACUUUGGAAAGGAUCGAUGUGGAAACCCCCCGCGACAAGUUCAACAAUCCCAAUCUCCACGUGGUGAUGGUGUUAACUCACCUCCUCAUUCAGGUGGUCUUCAACCAAGUCAAAAUGGUUCUUCUCCAACAGGUUCUGUUGCUCCAGGUUCUGUCAAUGGUUCAAAUGGAAAUUUCCAGCAACAACAGCAACAUCAUCAACAGCAACAGCAACAGCAACAACAACAACAAGGGGCUACCCCAUCAACCAUCCUCAACGCUGGUAGUAACAACCCUUUGACUAUGUAUCUCAAUCAAAUUUCUCAACAACAGCAACAGCAGCAACAACAAAACCUCGACCCCUACUCCGUUGCAGCUCUUCAACAACAACAGCAACAAGUCCUCGCAGCUCAACAAGCCGCUCUGUAUGGUGGUGGAAAUAUGGAUGAUUUAAAUAUCCAACAAUCACAACCAAACGGACAUGGUUCAAGUGCAAGCAUCAGCAAUGUAAAUGGUUUCCAAUCAUCUGUAGCACCCACCAUGAAUGGAUUGUUGGCUCCAGCUAGAGGAAGUCACAAUAGGGCUGUGUCUCUUCCUGUAUUCGCGCAGCCAGAGGGUAACGGAAAUGGAGAGCAACAAGGAGGUUCAAGAGGUCGAGGACAUCAAUACCAAAGUUCCUUCUCAGGUGGUCUCGGCAAUGGAGGUUUCAACAGCGGAUAUGGACUUGGCAUUGACGGACAAGGACAUGGUCUUAAUGGUUGGGCAGAAGAAGAUGUGGCAGGUAAUUAA